CAGUUCACUUGUUGUCUUAGAUAGUCAAUAGUCAUGGCUUACUUUCUGUUGAUUCUAUGCUUGAGCUCCGUGCUUUUGGCCUCUGAAACCAUGGCUGCCGAACCAAAGAAGCCUAUAGACGUGCCCUUCGGCAGGAAUUAUGUGCCAACGUGGGCUUUGGAUCACAUCAACUAUAUCAACGGUGGUUCUGAGAUUCAGCUCAAACUAGACAAAUACACAGGGACUGGCUUUCAAUCCAAGGGCUCUUACUUGUUCGGUCACUUCAGUAUGCAUAUAAAGAUGGUUCCAGGGGAUUCUGCUGGCACUGUUACUGCCUUCUAUCUUUCUUCCCAAAACUCAGAACAUGAUGAGAUAGAUUUUGAGUUCUUGGGGAACAGAACAGGCCAGCCUUACAUUUUACAAACCAAUGUGUUCACCGGAGGGAAGGGAGAUCGAGAACAGAGAAUAUAUCUCUGGUUUGACCCUACCAAAGAUUAUCACGCUUACUCUGUUCUGUGGAAUAUGUAUCAGAUUGUGUUCUUUGUGGAUGAUGUACCCAUCAGGGUGUUCAAGAACAGCAAAGAUUUGGGGGUGAGGUUUCCCUUCAACCAGCCAAUGAAGAUAUACUCAAGCCUGUGGAAUGCGGAUGACUGGGCCACCAGGGGAGGUCUGGAGAAGACAGACUGGUCCAAGGCUCCCUUCAUAGCCUCCUACAAGGGCUUCCACGUAGAUGGGUGUGAAGCAUCAGUGAAUGCCAACUUCUGUGAGACGCAGGGGAAGAGGUGGUGGGACCAGAAGCAAUUCGAAGACCUUGAUGCCCUGCAAUACCGGAAUCUGAAGUGGGUUCGCCAGAAAUACACUAUCUACAACUACUGCACCGAUCGCGUCCGCUUCCCUAACAUGGCUGCUGAAUGCCAACGAGACAGAGAUGUUUAAUUUAAUCCCAUUCUCUUGGAUCGAGUUUUAUGGAAGUGGGAGUUAGAAGAGCAAGUUGAGGUCUGAAACUAAGAAGACCGUAUUCUAAAGAUCCAUCCUAUAACUUGAGCUUUGGCAUUCAUUCAAUGGUAAUUACAAUAUAUUUAUUUUGAGUAA